AGUUGCUUCAGCUUUUCGCCUCAGAGUUUAGCCAGCUGUCAGUUUAUGCUGUUGCCUUAACAUUUAUGUUUUUUGUUAGUAUUUUCCUUUUAGAUAAGUUGUAACAACGACGUAGUUUUACAAAAUGCCAAAAGGAGGCAAAAAAGGUGGCCACAAAGGUCGCAUGCGCACGUACACAAGCCCCGAGGAGAUAGAUGCUCAGAUGAAAGCAGAAAAGGAGAGGAAAAAGCAUGAACAAGAGGAGGAAGGGGAAGAAGGAGCAUCUCCUAAAGACACAGCAGAAGAGAAACUGCCGGGAUCUGACUCGGAGGACAGUGACGACGACGAUUCCCUGAGAAAGAGAGCUGGAGUGGAGGGAUUGAUAGAAAUCGAGAAUCCCAACAGAGUGGCUCAGAAGUCUAAGAAGGUGACACAGAUUGAACUGGAUGAACCGCGGCAGUUAUCAAGGAGAGAGAGAGAAGAGAUUGAGAAGCAGAAAGCGAAGGAGCGGUACAUGAAGAUGCACCUGGCCGGGAAGACGGACCAGGCCAAAGCAGACCUCGCCCGCCUCGCCAUCAUCAGGAAACAAAGAGAGGAGGCAGCAAAAAAGAAAGAAGAGGAGAAAAAAGCAAAAGAAGCAGCGGUGGCGGCGGCGGCAGCAGCGAGAGGGGUGAACUCUCUCUCUCUGAAAUGAUGCCGAGUCUUUAACAGAGGCUUUUUCACUCAUUCAUGGACUGGCGCAAUAUACAUUUGACUAUUUUUAACUGAAGAUCAUUGAAGAGUAUUUGACGACACUGUCACUACGGAACAGUUGGAAAAAUGAUUGAGGAGUCGUGGAGGGGGGGAAGAGGGGGCUGGGUGUAUUUGGCGUGGCGUUAGCGGCUCGGAGUCCCUCCUGGGGAUAAAAGCUACAAAUGAGAAUACACUGAUCUUCACGUACACUUGGAAUGAACCCCUCAAUGUUAAUCACGCUAUACUUAUCAUUGUACAAUUCCAACUUUGCUAAGUGAGCUUUGCCACUAUGUCUUUUUUUUGAUCUUACAUUGUAUAUAACUGACUCAUUAAAACAAAUUUAAGAUGAAUUAUAUGAAACCAGUAAAAA